AUGUGCAGAACAGCAGUAAGGCAAGAAUUUGGCAACCUCUUACCAACGGCGACGGCGGAUCCGCGGGCGAAGCCGCCCGCCGCGACGUCGACGCACCACCUCGAGCCGUGGGGGCAGCCGCCGCCGCCAACUCCCUUCGAUGGUGGGAUCGAGGAGCUUUGGGUGAAGCUCAUGGGUCACCUACGAGACGCCGCCAACCGUCUCCGCGUGCCCCAGCCUAGCCCCCCACCCCCCAUGGACUCCGAGCCCGAGUUCAAGGCCCUGCCUCCGCCUCCACUUCUCGCCCUGCCACAGCCGCAAGCGGACGGUGCAGCGAGGCCGUGGAACCUGCUACAGUGGACACGGCGGCGCCCAGCCGCCUCCAUGUUAAGCGCGCCGUUCUUGGUGGCACUCACCCCGGAGGAGAUCGAGGAGGACAUCUAUGCGCCGCCGUCCCCCUCCCUCCCGGCGGCCGACGGGUGGGGAGGAGGCCGGAGGGCGAAGGAGGUUCGGCGACGCGUCGACGGAGGCAAUGCCGCCGUCCACAUCCUCGUUGUCACCGCCAUGGUGGCCUUCUUCGCCUCUUUCCGCUGA